AUGAUGUUAAGAGUUAAUUCGAAACCAAUAAUUAAAAAACUAGGAACUAGAUCGAUUUAUACACCAGUUUUAGAAUCGGAUGUUAAUAUUUUGAAGAAUGGUAAAGUCAAUACCGCUGUUGGAAGUGGAGGUCGUUCAUCAAGAUCAGGAUAUUCAGCAACAGUUUUCGGUGCAUCUGGGUUUUUGGGACGUUAUUUAGUUUCCAAAUUAGCCAGACAUGGUACUAUUACUGUAGUUCCAUAUAGAGAUGAAUUGAAAAAAAGAUUUUUAAAAGUUACUGGUGAUUUAGGUGUUGUCAAUUUUGUUGAAUUUGAUCCAAGAAAUGUUGAAUCUAUUCAAGAAUCAGUUGCUCAUUCCGAUAUUGUUUUCAAUUGUAUUGGUGCCGAUUAUCCAACUAAGAAUUUUUCAAUGGCUGAUGUUAAUAUUGGUAUUACUGAAAGAAUUACCCAGGCAGUUAAAGAAGCUGGAAAUCCAAGAUAUGUCUAUGUUUCUUCUUAUAAUGCCAAUCCAACCUCCGAUUCUAUCUUUUAUGCUACUAAAGGUAUUUCUGAACAAAUUGUUCGUGAUAUUUUACCAACUUCAACAAUUGUUAGACCUGCUCCAAUGUAUGGCCGUGAAGAUAACUUAUUAAAUUAUUUAGGUCCAAAAUUGAAAAUGUGGACUCCAAAUAGAAAUGCUAAAGAAAUUUAUCCUGCUCAUGUUCUUGAUGUUGCAAGAGGUUUAGAAAAAAUUGGUUUUGAUGAUUCAACUAUUGGUCAAACUUUUGAAUUAUAUGGUCCUGAAAAACUUUCAUUUUUAGAAAUUAGACAAAUGAUUCAUGGUAUUACUCAAGAUUUUUCUCAAGCUGGUCCAAUUAAUUAUAACUUUGCUGAUUAUCAAAUUCCUUUACCUUUAGCUAAAUUUAUGGCCGAUUUAAAACAAUUUGCUUACUGGAAAUUAACUAAUUCUGAUCAAGUUCAAAGACAUUUAAUUAAUCAAUCAAUUGAUCCAAAUGCUAAAACUUUUGCCGAUUUAGGUCUCACCGAUUUAGAUCAAUUGGCUAAUGUUCUUUUCACUUAUGUUAAACACUGGAGACAUCCUUUAAUUGCUCAAAAGGGGGCUCCUUCUGCUAAGGAAAUUAAAAGAUUACGUGAAAUGCAACAUUUCCUCUAA